AGACAUUGAGACUAUAUAAGACCUGCAUUGAGCACAGAAAGACAGGUGAACUAGAGGAAAAAUGAAUUCUCUUAACGUGUAUAUUUUACUAAGCCUAGCAGCUGCAGUUUACUGUGGACCUGUGUUGCAUUUGACAGACCAAGAUGAAAGCUUUGCAGAGACCUACCUGAAAAAAUUCUAUGACCUAAAGGAUGAAAGUGGCCCAACAGUCCGACAUGGCUUCAGUCAAAUCAACAAAAAGCUGAGUGACAUGCAGAAAUUCUUCGGUUUACAAAUCACAGGGACGCUGGAUGCCGAUACCAUGGAAAUGAUGAAGAAGCCCCGCUGCGGCGUUCCUGACGAAAAGGUUUCCCGUUUCUCUAUUUUUGGACCCAACUUCAAGUGGCAGAGAAAUAGUUUGACAUACAGGAUCGAAAACUACACACCCGACAUGUCCCAGCCAGAAGUUGAUGACUCCAUAGAAAGAGCCCUGGAUGUUUGGGCCAAAGUUACUCCUCUUAGAUUUAUGAGAAUCUACAGUGGCACAGCGGACAUCAUGAUCUCCUUUGGUCGCCUGUCACACGGUGAUUUUUACCCCUUUGAUGGCCCCGAUGGAACUCUGGCCCACGCUUUUGCUCCAUCUCCUGGCAUUGGAGGUGAUGCUCACUUCGAUGAGGAUGAGACCUUCACCUUUCGUUCAAAUUCUGGAUACGUUCUCUUCCUGGUAGCAGCCCAUGAGUUUGGUCACGCAUUGGGAUUAAGUCAUUCUAAUGACCCUGGUGCCCUCAUGUACCCCAUAUACACCUACACAAACCCUUCCAACUUUCGUCUACCUCAAGAUGACAUCAACGGCAUCCAGUCUCUUUACGGUCCCAAUCCUGAUACGGAUCCAGAUACCGAUGAAGACAAUCCUGAGCCCCCCGCAACUCCUGAUGCUUGUGACUCAAACCUGGUGCUGGACGCUGUGGCCACCCUACGAGGAGAAAUGUUGUUUUUCAAAGACAGGUUCUUUUGGCGAGUGUAUCCUCAGAGCAGGACACCUCAACAAAUUUUUAUCACCAACCUAUGGCCCAAUGCCCCCGAUAGAAUCGAUGCUGCUUAUGAAAGCCAACAGUCAGGGAAUAUUUUUCUUUUCAAAGGUGGUCAAGUUUGGGCUUUCCGGGGUUAUGAUCUUGUUCGAGGAUAUCCGAAGGCAAUAUCAACGUUCGGUCUGCCCUCAAGAGUGACAAAAAUCGACGCAGCUCUUUACGACGUGGAGUCAAGAAAGACACUCUUCUUUGUUGGCAGAUCUUACUACAGCUAUGAUGAAGCCAGUAAGAAAAUGGACGAUGGAUUCCCCAAACGUGUUGACGAGACCUUUUCUGGCUUAACCGGGAGUGUGACAGCAGCUUUUCAGUACAAUGGUUUUACUUAUAUCUACAGUGGCCCUCAUAUGUUUGAGUACAGCCUGAGCACCGGAACGUUUUUCCGUUUGUUGGGAAACGACUACUUCUUGCCCUUUCACAUGCAAGCCAUUUUUAUGUUUCAAAAUUUAUAUUUUGUCUUUUAUUUUGCAGGGUUACCUGAAUCAUUCUUCAAUUUAACAGAGGAAAGCGGACCUUCCAGACGUGGGAUCAGUCAACUCAGCAAGAGGCUUAGUGAAAUGCAAAGAUUCUUUGGUUUACAAAUCACAGGAACCCUGGAUGCUGAAACCUUAGAGAUGAUGAAGAAGCCUCGCUGUGGCGUGCCAGAUAAUGACUUGGCCAGUUUCUACUUUGGAAAUAACCUCAAGUGGCAGACAAAAAGUCUGACAUACAGGAUCGAAAACUACACACCAGACAUGUCACGAUCAGAAGUCGAUGAUUCCAUUGAAAAAGCCUUGAACGUUUGGGCUAAAGUUACUCCGCUUAAAUUCACUAGAUUACACAGCGGCACAGCAGACAUCAUGAUUUCAUUUGGUCGCCAGUCUCAUGGUGAUUAUUACCCGUUUGACGGCCGCGACGGAACACUGGCCCACGCCUUCGCCCCAUCGUCCGGCAUUGGCGGAGAUGCUCACUUUGACGAGGAUGAGACCUUUACCUUCCGAUCAAAUUCUGGAUAUGUCCUUUUCAUGGUAGCAGCCCAUGAGUUUGGUCACUCCCUGGGCUUAACUCAUUCUGAUGACCCGGGCGCCCUCAUGUACCCCACGUACUCAUAUAGAAAUCCCGACACUUUUGUCCUGCCCCGCGAUGAUGUCAAAGGGAUCCAAAGUUUAUACGGCCCGAACACAGAUACUUCUCAGCCAGCCCCUCCACCCCCCACAACUCCCGAUGCUUGUGACUCAACCAUGGUGCUCGAUGCCGUGGCAUCCUUGCGAGGAGAAAUGCUUUUCUUUAAAGAUAGCUUCUUCUGGCGAAGAUACGCUCAGAGCAGGUCACCUCAGCAGAGUCGGAUCAGAAACUUUUGGCCCAGUGCUCCAGUCAAUAUCGACGGUGCUUACGAAAACCAACAUUCAGACCGAGUUUAUAUCUUCAAAGAUCAACAAGUGUGGGCUUUCUCCGGCUACAAUCUGGUUCGUGGUUAUCCCCAACAACUGACUACAUUUGGUCUGCCCAGAACUGUGAGAAAAAUCGAUGCAGCUUUCUAUGAUGUGCAAUCUAGAAAGACUCUGGUUUUUGUGGACACUUAUUACUACAGUUUUGAUGAGGCCAGAAAGAGUGUGGACAGGGGAUUCCCCAAACGGAUUGAUCAGACCUUUUCUGGUCUUAGCAAAGUGACGGCAGCGUUUCAAUACAGAGGUUUUACCUACAUCUACAGUGGACCUUACAUGUUUGAGUACAACUUGGCCACGGGACGAUUGUUUCGUGUACUGAGAAACAGCUACUUCUUACAUUGCAAACCUGAUAUCCCAAACACUAGUUCAGGAAAUAACCAAGGGCAUUACAAGUGUGCAGAGCACAAGAAGAUUUUUUGCAUGCACUUUAUGUGCAGGAGGAUAAUAAUUAUGGAAGGCCCAUCAGUUGUCAAAGUUGUGUUGAUGUUAACGGCAGUAGCUCUCAGCCGAGCUGUGCCGACCCUCCUAACGGGCGAAGAAGAUGUCGCUAAAGCUCAGGAUUACCUUUCUCAAUAUUUCUCCGAAGUUGGAGUCACCACUGGUAGCGAGACAUAUCGUGCCGGUCUAGAUUCCUUCACAGACACUUUGAAAGCGAUGCAAGAGUUUUUCGGCCUGGAGGUGACAGGACAGUUGGACACCAACACCAUGGAGGUGAUGUCACAACCUCGGUGUGGUUUCACCGACUUGAAUAUAUUCAAGUAUGGCCAUUUUGAUGGGCAACCAAAGUGGAACAAGAACGUGGUCACAUGGAGGAUCACUGAAUAUACACCGGACUUGAGUCAAAGUUUUGUGGAUGCCACACUUGCCAAGGCUCUUCAGAUCUACAGUGACGUGGUUCCGUUGGAUUUCAAGCAGAUUCAAACGGGCACUGCAGACAUAAUGAUCAAGUUCAAGGCUCACGAUCAUGGAGAUUUUGCACCUUUUGACGGGGAGGGUGGAGUGUUGGCUCAUGCUUUUUCCCCCGGUGGGGGCCGAGGAGGCGACACCCAUUUUGAUGAAGAUGAAACCUGGAGUCUUACAUCAUCAGGGGUCAACCUGUUCUUGGUGGCAGCACAUGAGUUUGGACAUGCACUCGGAUUAUCCCACUCUAAGGUUCGAUCGGCCCUAAUGUACCCCACCUACCAGUUCGUUAACACCGACGGCUACGUGCUCCCAGAUGAUGACCGACAGGGAGUGCAGGAAUUGUACGGAGUCAGAGCAUCAACUAAACCGACAAGUAACCCGGAACCAAAACCACAACCUGAGCCAGAGCCUGUACCUACGCAAGAACCUGAACAAGAACCUGACAGGUGUAGCCGCGAUCUCAUGUUUGAUGCUGCAACUUCCAUACAGGGUCAUCUUUAUUUCUUCAAGGGCACCCAUUUUUGGAAGAGGAGCACCAACUGGGAUGGUGUCACUACGAAAAGAAUCGAUUCUGUCUUUUCUGGAAUCAACACAGUUGAUGCCGCUUAUGAGUACAAGAUACGCAACACAGUUAUUUUGAUUGAAGGGAACCGCUACUGGAAAGUCUUAAGAAACAAAUGGCUCUUACCUGGCUAUCCCAAACCUCUCACCGACUUUGGCUUGCCUGCAUUCGUCACCAAAGUAGAUGCUGCCGUCCACAUUCCCUUUGUGGGAAGAACCCUCUUCUUUGUAAACAACAAAUACUAUAGCUACAACGAACGGAGAGGCCGAAUGGAUCGUCGGAACCCGAAAUUGAUUCGCACAGAGAUCCCGGGGAUUGGAUACAGAGUUGAUGCUGCUUUUGAGUACAGAGGAUACCUGUUCUUUUCGUAUGGAUCCAGGCAGACACAAUACAAUUAUAUCAGAAGAAGAGCCCUUCGCACCCUGAUGAGCAGUGACUGGAUGGACUGUGACUAAACCGUCAGCCAAGUCUUCCAUCAUUUAGGGUUAGGGGUUACAUUGAAUCACAAUAUUAAUCAAUGGUUGAUACCAAUUCUCAUCAAGUAGAUUAUAAGGGAUUUAGCUUUCGUAGAAAAAUAUAAUCAGAUAGUGGUUAUCGGCAUGGGCUAAAAUAAUGCUACAUAAUGGCAGACCUAGCAUUAUGUCAUCUUUAAUUGCUAUGGAAAUAAAUGACAAAUAAGAAAUGUAUGUGUGAAAAACGUUUUAUUACACUAAAAAUAAAAUAUCUGUAAAUAAA